AUGGAACUUGGUUUUAAGCACCAACUUGGUCUUAUUUGUGUCAUAAUGCUAUUUCCAGCACUGUGUAACGGCAAGGAAUAUUAUAAUAAAUCCAGAGCAGCCUAUUAUGUCACCUCUGAUGGCUAUGGGAGUCCAAGAGGUGCUUGUGGCUUUGGAGACUAUGGAAGAACAGUCAAUGAUGGCCAUGUCACAGACUUGUCAGCUAGGCUAUGGAACAAUGGGGGUGGCUGCGGUGCAUGUUAUCAGGUCAGGUGCAAAAUAGCACAAUAUUGUGAUUACAAUGGAGCAUAUGUAGUUGCAACUGACUAUGGUGAAGGAGACAGAACAGACUUCACCUUGAGCCCACGCGCCUUCUCGAAAUUGGGACGCGACAAAGUUGCAUCUGAGGCGUUGAAGAAAUACAGUGUGCUUGAUGUUGAAUACAAAAGGGUCCCCUGCACAUUCAAGGGCAACACCAUCGUGUUUCAGAUCAAUAAACAGUACAGCAGUAACCCUGGUUACUUUGCUAUUGUGAUUCUCUAUGUAGGUGGAACAUCUCAUGUCACUUCUGUUGAGUUUUUGCGGAAAGAACACCACAAAUGGGAGCCUCUACACAGGUCUUAUGGUGCAAUCUUUGACAUAGCUAAACCACCAAGAGGUGAAAUAAGAUUGAAGUUCCAAGUGAGUGGCAGUGAAGGGCUUCAUUGGGUGGAACCCAAGUUUGCAAUCCCUGCAAACUGGAAGGCUGGAGCUACAUAUUCUACUAAUUUAUAG